UGUUGCUAGCACAGCCCAGGAUAAAAUGCACGGCGAGUCAGCCGGCGCUCCCACUGAGCGGCGAAGUGCCUGGCUGGCUGCGCGCAGCAGAGCGUCAGGCCGUUGGCUUACUGCUUCACUGCCUCGUGUGAGCCAGCUGACACGCACUCGCCGGCUGCCGCUCACUCUGACACAUGCAGACAGGCUCUCUCCCUCCCUCUCUUGGUAACACACACACACACACACACACACACACACACACACACACACACACCCACACGCACGCACACACGCAGUCAGUCAGUCAUCAACCCUCAUUCAACUCCCUCCCAGCCACGGGUCAGCAGCUCAGACAGGCACCUUGUUCCUCCCCAGCUGGAAAGAGCAGACCAGACUCGCAAGGUGCACACAUACACACUCACGCACACACAGACAGACAGACACUUUCACACACAUUCGGAUGUAUACAUACAUAUAAACGCAAACACGCAAGCAUCAUCCUUCGGGACGGUUGAUCCUUUUUCCAACGGGAGGGCAGGCUUCAAUGCGAGGAGGAGAGUGGAAGAGAAAGCAAUGAGAAUGGAAGGCUCAUUAAGUGAAGAUGUGUGAGGGGAGUGGAGAAAGCCACAAGAAGAAGAUGACAACUUCUGGAGGAACGUUGACAAGCCGGUUGCAGUAGGAAGCUCUUUUGCCACCCCGAUCAAAGAUCCACGUCUGGGGGGGUCUCCCGUGAGCGGCUGCCCUCUCCUCUCCGGACUCUCUCACUGGGACGUCUCCCACCCAUCAGCAUGCCUGCAGCUUGCACAUUAAGGUGCGCCCUGGGAGUGUGACCCACCAUGUGCAGAUGGACGCCAUCCGUCGCUCACCUCCAUCCGCCCGAACCCGCUCCUGAUGCCGCAGCCUCGGCCAGGCAACGGCCUCCCCCGCGGCCCGGCGCGGCCUCCUUCUGCCUGGCACGCCUGGCCUUGCUGUUGGCCGCCGCCGGUGCCGCCUCGGGGGCCUGCCCUCCCGGGCUAGGGCACGAGCCCCUCCAGGUUCUGGCGGGCGGCACGAACUGCUCGUGGACGUUGGAGAGGCACACGAGAAGUUACAAUCACCUGGAGGGCGACGUGCGGCUGCGGCGGCUUUACUCGGCCAACAAGUUCUUCCUGUGCAUCGACAAAACGGGCAAAGUGGAAGGCACGCGGCGGAAAAACUACGCAGACAGUCUGAUGGAAAUCCGAUCUGUCAGUGUGGGAGUUGUUGCCAUCAAGUCUGUCAGCACCGGGUUGUACUUAGCUAUGUCCAAGAAAGGCACGCUCUUCGGAUCGGUCAAGUACAACCCAAGCUGCAAGUUCAAGGAGCGCAUCGAAGAAAACGGCUACAACACGUAUGCCUCGCUACGCUGGAAGCACGGCGGCAGGCAGAUGUUUGUCUCGCUGAACGGGCGAGGGAAGCCGCGGCGCGGCCAUAAGGCCAGGCGAAGACACCCGUCCACUCACUUCUUGCCCAUGCUGCCCUCCUAGCUCGCCUGGCAUCAGAAGCAGCGAAGCGGACAUCUUCCUUCGCCCACACUUAUCCACCCAUGUGUCACAUAUAUAUACAUUUGAUCAGAUUUGUAACAUUUAUUUGUAGAGCUAGUUUGUGGUUUUAAGUUAUUUCCCCCCCAUGUUGAAAAAACUGACAGUAGAGUGGUACUUUCCUCAGGCGUGGAUCUGUGAGUGAGUCAACAGGAUUUCCUAUUGUUGAACUGAAAAGCCUAGUUUUCCUUAAACUAAAUAUAAUUACCAAAAAAAAAAAAAGUCUCACUGCUGCCUUGGAUUUUGGACUACUUCAGAGACCUCAAACCCCAAAAGCCCAUUGACACACAGGUGGACGGCUAGCCGGUUUUUAGAUGAGUUGUAUGUUGUGUGCAUGCACGCCUCAAGCGUUGGUCACUGUAUCUCGAAUGCGUGCUCCUUCACUCGGUAAUGUAACGUCAACUAACCCGUUACCACAUUCGCCUACAUUACAUAGAGGCUGUAGGUGCACUUGCUAGUGACGUAGCAGCUACGGUUCCGUUCAUGCAUUCAAUAAAUGGUUCUUGCUAACA